AACUGAGAGAGAAUAUCGUGGCCAAUCUCUCGACUGUGGGUGGGUUGGAAGAGGGCUUGCUCAUUUUGAUGGGUUUAAGCCUGGUGGUGCUGAGCUUGAGCUUGGUGAUGCAGGGAAAAGCGUAGAGGUGGAAGCUGUUGAGUUGAGGUGGGUGGUUGCGAUGAUAAAUUUGGUUCCACCUGAAGUGGGAUGGUUCAAACUGAAUGUGGAUGGCUCUUGGAGAUUUUCUAGUGGCACUAUUGGGACUGGAAGGGUACUUCGUAACUAUAACAGGGAUUGGGUUGAAGGCUUUACUGCUAGUUUGGGUCAAGGGAAGGCUUUACUCCUUAUUAGCUGAUGAUGUGUUAGGGGUGUCUUGAACCCGUUUGAUUUGGUUCGAGUCUGUUUAGUUUGCUUUUGGGGUGUUAACCUCCUUUUUCACGAAAAAAAGAAAAAAAGAAAAAAAGAAAAAAAGAAAAAAGAAAAGAGGAAGCAAUGCUCCUCGCUCCGGGUAAUUAUUUUGUGUGAAAUGGCAACAGUACCCCUAUUGUUUUCUGAAAUGGUGAUACUACCCUUAUUAUUUUGUGAAAUUGAUCGAAACAUGUUAUUUCUUCAUCGUCCUCUCCAGGUGUUUCACUGAGCUCCUGAAACGUUUCACUCUGUCUCUCUGACAAUCUCAACUCCAUCGACUCUCUAGUACCUUAACCAUCCCAUCUCUUCGCUCUCACUCUCAAACCAUCGAGUCUUCUCAUUAGAAAUAUCAUUUAUUCGACGAACUUAGAAGCUCAGGGCUGUAACCCCAUGACGACCAAAUCAGUAGUCCAAGACUUCUCAUCUGACACUCCAUGCCGACCCAAUCCUUCUCCAAUCUCUGUCAAGCCCGAGACUCCAGCCACUCCACGCCCUCCUCAACCACCUGCUAACUCAGACGUUCAUAUCGUACAUGUACCUAGCUAUUCCAGGUGGUUCUCAUGGGACCAUAUCCACCAUUGUGAAGUUCAAUUCCUCCCAGAGUUCUUCGAUUCUCACUCACCUUCCAAGAAUCCUAGGCUUUACAUGUACUAUCGCAACAACAUCAUCAAGCAGUACAGGGACAACCCUGCCCGAAAGCUCACCUUCACUGAUGCCCGUAAGACUCUCGUUGGUGAUGUUGGCUCCAUUCGCAGGGUUUUUGAUUUUCUUGAGGUUUGGGGUUUGAUCAAUUACUCCUCCGCGCUCAACAAGCCCCUUAGGUGGGAGGACAAGGACAGCAAGGCUGCCUCUCCGGUCGCUGAAUCCCCCACAGGUUGUCCUAAGGACUCUUCCACUCCCAACAAGGAGAGCCCCAAGAAGAGAGUGUGCCAUGGUUGCAAGUCUCUUUGUAGCAUUGCCUGCUUUGUUUCUGAAAAGUAUGACAUGACUCUCUGUGCAAGGUGCUAUGUUCGCGGGAAUUAUCAGAUUGGUGUAACUUCUUCAGAUUUCAGGAGGGUUGAGAUCAAUGAAGAGACGAGGAGUGAUUGGGCAUAUAAAGAUACUUUGCAUCUUCUAGAAGCUCUCAUGCAUUAUGGUGACGAUUGGAGGAAGGUAGCACAACAUGUCGGUCGGAGUGAGAAGGAAUGCAUCACUCAUUUCAUUAAAAUUCCUUUCGGUGAAGAAUUUAUUGCUGAUUUCCAUUCUGGGAAUUUCAAAGACUCUGUAGAUUCCGAAUCUGGAAUGGAGAGUAAUGGUACACCAUUCCCAAGUAAAAGAAUGCGUCUCACACCUCUUGCAGACGCAAGCAACCCAAUAAUGGCUCAGGCAGCCUUCCUGUCAGCUUUGGCAGGUGUAGAGGUUGCAAAAGCUGCUGCUUGUGCUGCUGUAACAACCCUUUGUGAGGCGGAUUAUGAAACAAGUAGACUGAGUCUAGGAUCUCGGGCUUGGAAUGCAAGACAGCAUGAAGCGAAUGAUGAAUCCAAUGGGGACACCAACCUAGAUGAACUGGGAGGUGCUUUUGUAGAUGCAAAUUCACAGCUCGAAAAGGAAGGGAUGGAUGUGGAGAGAGCAAUUUCUGGGAUUACAGAGGUGCAGAUGAAAGAGAUUCAAGAGAAGAUUGUUCAUUUUGAGGAGUUAGAUUUACAGAUGGAGAAAGAACGGCAAAAACUGGAGCAACUGAAAAACAUGCUCUUUGUUGAUAAGCUAACACUUUCAAUUCAUAAAACUUGUGCACAAAAAACUGAAGGAAUGGAGAAGAAUAUACAAACAGAUUGAUUUUCCGUA